AUGGCUGCUCACAUGUUUCUCUGGACUCUUUUCAUCAUGACCUCUUCCGAGGAAGCCGAAACGGAGGAAACAGUGACGUGCCUCCACCUGACCUUUUACCACCCUGGCCAGGAGGAGAAGAUGAUGUUCCGCUGCCUGAACUUCUGCAAGCGCGAGCAGGUCAGGGCGGACGACGCGGCCAAGUUCGGCCGCGAUUCCAGCGUCUGCCGCUACAACCUGGUGGACACCCGCGUCUCCCGCAUCCAGUUCUCCCUGCAGUUCUACAGGAAGCUCCACACCUCGGAACACGGCUUUGAGAUAAAGAACUUGAGCAAGAAGACAAAGCUGACUGUCAACCAAACAGAACUGGGGCACUUGAACAAAAUCGACCUGCCCUGGAAGUGCAUCAUCUGUUUUGGGGACUACCAGAUCCUAGCAGAGAUUCAAGAAGGGGAGUCAGUGGAUUAUUUUGAGACACACUUACACUUGGCUGAAGCACCAAUCUCACAAGAAAGGUGCCUGCCACGCCUGCCAUCCCUGCAGCCUAUACCCGAGAACUGCAUUUCUCCUGCCUUAUUUCUUCCCCAAGGCAAAAGCCCCACAGAGAUUGAUGAAAAUGAGCUGUGCUAG